AGUCAGAGUGGUACAUCCCAGCCGCUCUCUCUCCCCCUCUCCCAGUGUCCUCCAUCUCUUCUCCCUCCCUCAUUCUCUGACAUUUCUCCUUGAGGAAGGCGCUGAGCCCAGCCCCGCACUCCCUCCCAGCAGGCCUCAUUAUCCCUCUGUUAUCAUUUCUCCAUCCAAAUCCAGGUCCGAGAAGCUGCACAGCUAGGACUGAGGCAGCCAGAGGAAACACGAGAGAACCUCCAGUCUAGGAAAUAGCCCCCCUCGCCUCUGUUUUCGCAUCCCAUGGAGGCCAAAAUGAAAAGCGGAGCAGGGGCUCCUAAAGCAGCCCCCGCUUCCAAAGAGAAACAAGGUGAAAAGGCGGAAAAGAAAGAUUCAGCCACACCACGCAAAGCCAACCCCGCCCCUGCUGAUCCCGCCCCAGCAGCCCCUGCUCCUGAGAAGCCCGCUGUGGAUGGAACAACUGACCAGGAGGCGGCGCCAGAGGGCAGUGAGGCAAGAGAGCCCAGCACAGACUCCCUGGAGAACCUGAAGCCUUUCCUUAUUGGGGGAGCAGUCAUUGCUGCUGCAGCCAUCCUGGUGGGGGCACUGUUGUUGGCGCGGAGGCAUUGAGAGCAUCCUGCUUAGUUUAUUGGUUAAUCGGCAAAAGCAUUGCUUGCUGAUUGGUUAAUUUACUGGCUUAUAUUGAUUAACUGAGGAAGAAAAUGUGUGGAAGGCACCCUGCCCAUUAUUCCAUUUACACAACUCCCGAGCAAACUUACCUAUGUAUAUAAACAGGUAUACCCACGAAUCACAUGCCAAACCCGAUAGUCCAUUUUGGCAGCAUACUAACAUAUGUGUGGCUGUACUUUCAAAUAUGUUAAUCCAUUUGGUACGGAGUCUCUGUAAAAUGAAACAAAAUGAUGUUGCUAUGGCAACAUUAAGAACAACAUUUCAAUGGUACAGUAAACAUUCUAGAGAAUUAUUGUUAUUUUGAUCCAUUUCAGUGUGGGGGCUCAGUGUGGUGGAUUGUAGCAUUUUGAUGAUUCAAGAACAUCUCAUAUAUAAAGUCAUAAUUAAUUUGUGGCAAGAGCAGCAAUAGUUGUUCUGUUCUAGUUGUAGUGAUAAAAUUUGUGACAUUUUCUAUGAGACUUAGCCAAAAAGAAACCAACUACUGAGACCUCUCAUAUAGGUCCACCUAGGAAAUAUUUACUUCUGAAGUAAUUGGCCAUGGUUUUAAAAUUGUAAAUUGUUAUAAAUGUCUAAAUGCGAGUCCGUAAGAUGAAAGCAUGAGGCAUCGUCUUCUUAGUAACUCCAACAGGAUGUAGGGAAUCAGGAUGUGGGGGGUGGAGUGAAGAAUCGUCUGCAAAAGGGAGGAUCUUCUGCCGGGUGAGCUGCGUAUCCUUAUUUGAGUAGCUCUCUGUGUACUUAGAAUGCUUGCUAAAUUGACGCCAUGUCCUCCGUUGAAGAUGUAGGAUGUACCCUAUCAUACUACUGCCCUACCUACCCCAUCGCUCUAUCCACAGUGAUUAUGAUACCAAUACAAUUUCUUGUAACACACAUCAUUGGUUGACACUGGAAGCAAUAUAAUGCUUUGAAUGUUACUGAAAAUAUAUUUAACUUUCAAGUAAACCUUUGCCACUGCUAAGUGACUAGGGAAUGUGUAUGUUUGUUGGGCAUUAAAAGAACAUCACUUCAGUGUGAAUUACAUAAUUGAUAAAAAAUUAUAUGUAUUUGUCUCAUUGUCUGUGUAGAUUUAAUUUGUAAAUUGUAUAGGUAGGGAAACCCGAUUUGUAUAUUUAUUUUCUUAUUUAAAGCUACACAGGCAGGAUAUGGUGGAGCAAAAUGUCUAUUAUAGGUCUCUGUGGCAACUAUAUAGAAUAUCCAAAACACACUUGGCAUGAAGUGUGUUUUAAGAUUUGUCUCUUUUGGCUCCAAAUUGUCUAUUUUUGGCACCUAAUUUUGCUGUUUCUGGAAACAAGCAAAAGUGUGAUAUUUUGGUAGCUAGAAUGUGUACAAUGUAUGGAUGCACUACUUGUAAGUAUAAUGUACAUACUUCUAUGCUAGUGAUCCUAGGGUCUGUCAGAAUCUCCUCUUGCACUUUUGACUUAACAGAACUCUACGGGUUUUCCGUCAGAACCAUUUUCACAUCUAAUUGCACUGAUUAUUAAUAAUAGAUGACCUUCCUGCGCACUGACAUUAAACCCACAAAAAGAACACCGUCAUAAUCCUCUCCGCGAAUGCAUACAGUCCCUUAGCAGACCAUAUGCCGCAGUGCAUAGAGCAUACUCUGACACUGAUUCUCUAUGGAAAGUAACAAAAAAGUUUAGCUUUAUUCACUUUAUUGUUUUUAUUCUUCUCCAGAGCGUAUAAAUGCAAUAAUUCUAGUAGGAAUAUACGUUUUAGCACAUUAUUGUGACUCAAUAAUGGUUAUGAUAAUAAAAAUGAAAAUAACGAUUAUUAUUAUUCCCAAUAUAACCAGUCCUCCCCCCCCCCAUACCAUGGGCUUUCCCUCAUGCUAAAAUGUUCCUGCCAACUACUGGCAUGUCAGGAGGAGAAAAAGGCUCCUCUCUGACCAUUAUAUAAUUAUUUAAACAAGCCCUUUUCAGUCUGAAUCUCUUUUGGGCUGAGGUGCAAAUGCACAGAUGCCAUAAAUUUGAUUCACACUUAUGCCUGGACAUGUCUUGGUCUGGAACAAACCAUCUAAUGCAAGUGUAGUGAUGAUGUCAUUAAUGAUGUUUCUGUAUAUUAUGGAGCCCUGAGUUUGGCCCUCAGGAUCCCAUUCACAUCCAUUGACUACCUUGUUGUAUCGACUCUAGUUAUAGAUUAAUUUUUUUUGGUCAAUGUGGUUUGAUGACUGGGCUUAAUAAAACAAAGUGCAAGGUAUUUCUGAGUUAUGGUUUUUGAUUACACACAGGUAGGGUGGCCACCUAACCCAUGAUGAUUGGUCAAUGUCCUAUAGUCAUGCAUGUGUGAAUAAUGUUAAUGUAAAACAGCUGGAUGAGACUUUCAAUCAAGGAAACAAACCAGUAAAAGCACAAGAAGAACUAAACUAGUUUUAAAGUUGUGUGUAAAACCUGAAGUAGCUCAUAGUGUCACUCUACACACAGGCUAUAUUCCAGUAUUACAGUGUUUGAUGGAUUAUUGGUGAAACCUGAUUCAUUACACAACCCAUUCAACUCAAGGCAUCAGAAAAUAUAAGUGUUACUGUAGUGCGGUGUGUAUAGAUCACUGACAGAUCAAUGUUGAUUGCAGGCAAAGUUUCACCAGCAACAGGAAGGCACAAAGUGCUUCAGGGAUCAAGGGAAUUCUCCUGUCUACUCAUACUUGGCGGGGUUCCUGAUACACAUGUGAGCACUAAUUCAUUGCCAAUAGCCUCAGAGGCUGAAAUGACAUUUGGCUGCAAGAGACUUAUAUGAAGCAUUUCAAUCCAGUGCCAAUGCAUUCAAUGCCAUAAUAAUACCCUCUAACUACCUUUAGUUUGUGAAUUAACAUUUUGAAAAACAUGUUGCUAUCUGACAUUAAUAAGGUACUCACGAUGCUAAUUUUGUUUUUGUUCCAUUCAUGCACUUUCAGUUUGGAAUAUCAGUAACAAGACACCUUGUUUUCUGAAUUUUCCUUGAAGAUGACGGUUUUGAUCUGUGGGAUCACAAAAGCAGAGAACAAGGGAAGGGACUUUGGUGUCUGUAACUGGAUUAUGUGACAAAUUACCUUUGACCUGAGGGGUGGGAAGAGGGGGACACCAGCAUAAGUGGUUGAUUUGCUAAAUUGGUGUCCCCUCAGAGUAUGCUGCCCUAGGCAAUUGCCCUGAGAGGGAUGCCAUUCCAUCAUAAUAGGAAUUUAGCUAUUUUCCCCAGGUAGGCCUACAUAUUUUACAAUAUUCCCAAAUUUUCAAAAUCUUAAUAUUCUUUAAAUGAAAUGAAUAACAACACAAAAAAAACAAACCUGUUCAUCUUUUAUUUUAUGUAAAUAUUGGGUGAAGAAACAUGACCAUCUGUUCCACACGUUACGGCUGGGUGAACAUUUUGUAUAUUCUCUUUAUCUCACGAAUAGAUAUGAAUCCGAUAUUACGAGAGGUCAGAGGUUUAAUAUUUGUAAUAAAUGAUGACACUCUUCUGAAUACUCUGAAUACAGUCCUGGUAUUAUGUUAACAAGUGAAAUUCAGCUUCACUUUUGCUGACAAAUUUGAAAACUAAUAAAACAACCUAAACGAUAUUCGUAACUAUUUAUGUUGAGAAUUAUUUAAUACCGCGGAAUAUAGCUUUAAUACUUCUCUGUGUCGAAAGACAGUGUGAGUAUUUGUGAAUGGAUGCCUCAUCCAGAUACUGAGAAUGUCUGUUUCAAGAUGGCGGCCAUUAGGUCUGGAAGAACUGCGACUGUACUAUCCUCAGUGUCCCUGCAACUGCUCCUUUACCUCUCAGCUGUUUACUCCCUCUUCUACUUCCUGGGCACGCUCAGCAUGAUUAUCUACAAGAGCCAGGCACUGAGCUACCCAGGCAAGAUUUUACUUCUAGAUGUGUGUCUGCUGCUCCUCAUGGCUGUGCUGGAGACCCUCCGACUGUACUGGGGUGUGAGAGGUAACUUGCAGGAGAGUGAGCGCUGUGUGGGGUUCAGUCUUGCCCUGACUCUGGCCACCACACUGUUUGCCGUCUACUUCCUGCUGUGGCAGGCUUACGUCUUGCAAGCAGACAUCAUCAUUGGCGCCGUGCUGCUGGUCCUCUACGGGCUGUCCGGUGCCCUGGGGCUCGUCACCCUGGCCCGAUUCAUGAGGUAAGAGCAAGCUGGCAGUGAAAUGCAGCCACCGGGUGAUCUGCCAGGGAGGUGGGGGUUAAAGGCCAUGCUCGAGUACCCGCCUACGUGCCAAGGCCGGGCUUCAGCUGGUGACAGGCACAGAGGAGCAACACGCUGCCCCCCAGAAAAACAUAGCAUACAGAAAAUAAACCAUCACAUGGAUAAAUAAUUAAAAUUAAAUACAUGGAUGGAUGGAUGGAUAGAUCAUUAUAAUGAAUCUGACGACGUGCUGUGAUGCAUGCAAAGUGAUAUCAGAAUGCGUGUAACCUUAUUACUUUACAGUAUGACGCAACAGAUGAAUGCAGCCCUCAGUGAAGAACUUUCUUUGGUCUGGUAUUACAGCAUGUCACAAUGCUCUCUUGUGUCUUACAGUUCCUACUCAUGAGAGGUUUGUGUCUGCAUUCUUCCCCUGUGCCUUUUGAACGCUGCCUAUGGAACGUCUGCUCCGGCUUCCCAUCCAUAAAACAAGCUGAAGGAGAUCUGCUGUGUGCCAGGAGGUCAUUAACCUCAGGAUUGGAUAGACCCGGAUCAUAAGCACCACUGACAGGUCGGUUAGUCUGUAGAACCAUGAGUGUGAAGAGAUGCAGAAAUUAAGGGCUUUUGUCAUUUUGAGCAUUCAAAUACCUUAUAUUGUUAGUGGCACAACAAAUGGCCUUGUCAGUUCUUAUUGAUCAUGUUCUCUAUGUGUAUUUGUAUCGUUCUGUAUAAGGGCUUCUGUGAUCCUUCCUUAGCCUUUGUGGGGGACAAGAGACUAGAUAUAGAGUCGGGAACUUCUGUGCAUUUAUUAAUAGAAAAGCGUCAUUAAAAAUCCGACUGCUGGCCCUUUGAAUCAUACAAUGUCAGAAGUAAGGCUCUAUUUCUCUUUGGUGCUCUGACUGCCUGUUCUGCUGGAUAAAAAAUUAGUUAAAUCCUGCAGUUAUUGUUGUUUGUGCUCUUUCCCAGAGAUUUUUUUUUUAUUUUAAGUAACGAACCCAUUAAAACGAACGCUAUUGUGUUAAAUAUUUAUUUGGAAGCUUUCAUUGCAUUUUCUACUUUUUUGAGUUUCAUGAAACAAAAAUGCUAAGCACAGAUCAACUUGAAGAGGAUAUUGCUUGUAUAAUUGUUGUCUUAGCCAGUAUUGUCCACUAGAGGGAAGACUUGGAAUGUAAAUCAAUCAAGAUUUUAGUAUUUGUGUUCAUUUCCUGUAAUGUUUUUCGUAGUUAUUUUUUAACGUUAUGAAAACACUAUUCGAAUCCCAAUAUUGCAGGUCAAAUUCAGUGGCCUAGAUUUUAAGAUGAUUUUCGCGGUGCAUAAUAAAUAUAGUGAAUUAAAAAAUAAUAAAA